AUGAGGGGAAUCGUCCUAGCCCUCCUGCUCACCCUUGCGGUGAGCCAGAAGUUUCCACAAAGGAUAGAUUUCAUCAAUGGGAAACUGUACCAGUUCAAAUAUGAAGCCGUCAUUCGGAAUACAGCCCAAGGAGAUGGUCUGGGACAAUCUGCUGUAAAGCUGACAUCUGACAUAUCUAUUUAUGGAGGAGAACGGGACAAUACCCUCAUGUUUCUCUCUCCUCAAAUGGAAGAAUUUGUCGGAUUCCCUAGACAGCCAAGAGAUCAGUUUGUUGAGCCAAAAGACCAGUUCACUGAGCCUCCCAAGAAACCUGGCAAACUGGAUGCUUGCACCCUGUAUACCUACCACUUUGAAUACAACAAUGGAAGGAUUGAGAAUAUCCGUGUAUCAACACAAGUACCUCUAUACUGUUUGAACAUGGUGAGAGGCAUCCUGAACAUGCUGAUUGCAACACCAAGGAACCAGAAAGAAUAUGAGCUUCAGGAGGAUGGCAUUGAUGGUGAGUGCCAGACUCGGUAUGUAAUCGUAGAUGACAAGAGCAACAAUGGUGUCAUUAUGACCAGGACCAAGGACUUGAACAACUGCAGGAAUAAAGUCAAGCGGACCAUUGGAAUGUCUUACUUCUACUUGAAUCCUAAAUGCCUGCUGAGAAACACAAUGGUUCAAGGGACUUCAGCCUUUGUCAUGAAACUGAGAUUUGAAGGUCCUGAUUGCAAGAUCGCUCAAGUUGAGUCAGAGGAAGUAUACCAAGUUUCUCCAUUCAGUGAAGCUGAUGGUACUGGAGUAAUGACAGCCUGGCAAAAACUUACCUUGAUUGAUGUCAAAACUGAACAUGCAGAAAAGCUACAGGAACAGGUUGUGGCUGAAGAGAAGACUGUAGACAUUCAUUAUGAAUUUCCAGAAAAUCUGCCUCAGAUGGUUCUCAUUGAAAACGCUAAGCGACAGAUUGUAGAAAUUCUGCAAGAGGUAGACCGCUUGCCAGGCAUCCCUCUAGAAGUUGUCCCCAAGUACAUCGAACUGAGUCAGCUGUUCCGUCGUUUGACUGUUGAAGAGAUGAACACCAUCUACAAUGACUUUGGGAACAGACCCAGAGCCAGGCAGUUUCUACUGACUGGAAUGGCCUAUGCAGGCACUUUAAAUUGCAUGAAGUUCAUCAAGGACAAACUGGUCAAAGGAGAACUGCACAAAAUGGAACCUUAUUGGGUUGUUCCCAUAACUCUCCACUUUGCCAACCCGGCCAUUGCUAAAAUGGAAGACACAGCGCGAGUAGCAGCAGAAAUAGUCAACAAAGUUAGUAGUUCCGGGUCAUUUUGGCUUCAGAAGCUUGCCUUCCUGGGAUAUGGAUCACUGGUCUACAAACAAUGUUCUCAGGCUAGACCUUGCUCCAACAAAUUGCUUGAGCCUCUCCACGACCUCCUCACUGACGCAGUCUCACAUCACGAUGAGAACCUCAUGAUGUUGGCUCUGAAAUCUCUUGGCAAUGCUGCUCAGCCAGCCAGCUUGAAGAUAGUGAGAGUCCUGGCUGAGAAUGAUAAAUACACAAAAUUCAUCCAGGCCACUGCUAUUCAGACGUUGAUGCAAAUUGGCAAACAGGACCCUGCAAAGGUACAAGGAAUCCUUAUUCAGAUCUAUUUGAACACUUCCAAUUCUAUUCAAGUCCGAAUUAUGUCUUGCAUCGCCAUCUUUCAAACCUACCCAGCUCUCCCCAUGGUGACAGCUAUUGCUAAUGCAGCAUUCAGAGAGAAGAAUCCAGUCCUUUACAGCUUUGUCUAUUCUCAGCUGAAGGCUUGGACCAAAACCAGGAUCCCAGCAUACUAUGAACUGUCUUCUGUUUGCAAUGUGGCCUUGAAACUUCUGAAUCCCAGGUUUUUCCGACUGUAUGAACGUUACAGCAAAGUUGUCCAUUUCAAUUUCUUUAAUAGCAUCCACAGAUUUGGCGCCAUUGCAAAAUUGUUUGUGAUUGACAACCCCAGAGGACCACUCCCCUCAAAUGUCAUGUUUAACACACAAUUAAUCUUUUCAGGCACAAUUGUCAAGCCAUUUGAGGUUACACUGCAAGUUGAAGGUCUCAGGGAAUGGUUACGGAAACUAAAUGUCCCAUUGGAUCAAUACUCUGGCGACCAGAAGAUAAAAGAUACUGAAAGAAAGCUGCCAGGAUUCAAAGACAUACCUCUUGAAAGGUCAUUAUUAGCUGCUAAUUUAAAAAUUUUAGGCCAAGAAGUCAUGUUCUUCACUCCUGAAGAAACAAUGCAACUUAGGAAGCUUGGGGAGGAAAAACUACUUGGGCCUCAAGCCUUAGGAAUGGUCUAUCAGAUCAUCCAAAAUAUUGAUCAGCAAAUUACCCAAGCUCUGAUUCUGGAGGCUCGGCACAUAGUUCCUACCACUCUUGGUCUGCCAUUUGAAGUAAGCGCCGCUGGCAUUGCCAUGGUACAUAGUUCAUUAAAAGCUGUGAAUAAUAAUGAAGGUCAGAAGAUGGUCCGUGAGGAACUUCAGCUUGAGAGCCAUGUUGUCUUCCAAGGUUAUGGAAAGCUUUUCUGGGGAGUUAACACAGGUUUCUCCCAACAUAUUGUGGAAAUCACAGGCCAGUUCCGUACACAAGGCUCCCUGAAAAUGAAUGCCAUCUGGGACAUGAAAGCCCGGAACUUCAAAGUUGAGAUCGACCCAAUCCAUGACAAAUAUGAACUCGCAGUGGCAAGCCAUGCAGCCCAUGUUGUAGCAAUGCAUCUGCAUUCUGAGAAGAAGGCUCCAGUUCUUCCUGAAAGGCUUGGAGAGGAUAUCUUGUCAGAAGAGUUCAACCCAAGAGAUGAAGAUGUUAAACAAUCAAGAGCAUCCUACAAACCCAACCCCAGAGACCUCUGCUUUACAUGCCAAAUCUACCCUGUGAAGUUCUGCUUGGAGACCGUGAAGAAAACAAAGGAUGUUGUGCCCAUACGGAGAACAUGGAUGCACUUCUUAUGUGAAGCCCAUGAAGUGAGGAUUCUGCUGACACCAGUUGUUGCUAUGGAGAAGAUCAAAGGGGAAAUUCAACAGGUCCUUGAAUUACCCAGGAUGAAAAGAGAGAUAAAACGUCACGGAGGAAAGGAUGAGUGCCAGGAUUUCCCAGUUCCACCUGAAGGCCAGGAUGUUCCCUGCACACUUGAGUAUCUACCUGUCUGUGGCAGUGAUGGUGAGACUUACCCAAACAAAUGUAACUUUUGCAAUGCCAAACGGCUAAGUGGAAACCAGAUCACAAUAGAACAUGAAGGUGAAUGUGAGCAAGAGGGUGGAAUCACACCUACAAAGAGGCCUUCCAAGCAAUCCAAAAAGCAAGAUCCUGACCUAGAUGAAAACUCAGAUAGUUCCAUCGAUUCCUCUUCCAGCUCUGACUCUUCUGAACCUGCUACUAAGCCAAGGAAAGGUAGAAAGCAAGAUGAUAGCAGCAGCGACACCAAGAGCAGCAGUGAUAGCAGUGACAGCAGCAGCAGUACAAGCAGUGACAAGAGCAGCAGCAGCAGCGACAGUAGUGACAAGAGCAGCAGCAGCAGCAGUGACAAGAGCAGCAGCAGCAGCGACAACAGCAGCAGUGACAAGAGCAGCGAUAGCAGCAGCGACAAGAGCAGCAGCAGCAGCAGUGAGAACAGCAGCAGCAGUGAUGACAGCAGCAGUGAUAGCAGUAGCAGUAGUGACAGUAGCAGUAGUGACAGCAGCAGCGACAGCAGCAGCAGUGAGAGUCAUGAGGAUUCCAGAAAGAAGGGAGGUCGACAAGAAAUUUACCAGUUCAGUUUCAGAUCAGUCAAACAGCAGGUAAGCAAACAGCAGCGCAACCAAAAGCAACAGAGCAGCAGCCAGGACAGUGAUGAUAGCAGCAGCUCCUCUAUUCCAACUCUUCACUCCAGCAUUGAGGACAAUAUAGACUAUUCAGAUAAAAAAUGGGUAAAGGUUCUGGUUGCACAUCUCCGCAUCAUCCGUCGUGAUAAGAAACCUCAUGGAGUUGAUGCUCUGGUGUUUAAAACUCCCACCAGAUUUAGAAUGACUGUGACAAACUUCACACGUCCCGGCAAGCCAAUUGUCUGCUUGGAAUCUGGAAUGCUGAGUCCUUACAAAGCAAUGACCUCUUUGAAAACGGGCUGGGACUGCAAGGAGUAUGAGAUCUCAACAGAAGUUGAGACCGGUUGGUUGUCUGUCCAUCCAGCUAUUCGUUGGAAAGUUAAUUAUCCCAGGGUACCUGAAGUGCUGCUUACCCUUUGGGAACCGAUCUACAGCCGAAUCCCUGGAGUGGCCUACAUGCUGGGACUGUCACAUAAAAUCCAAAAAAAUCCCUCUCGAGAAGCUUCAUUGGUUUUGGCUCUAACUGCUCAAAGAAGCUUUGCCAUGGUCCUGAGGAUGCCAGAAGUGAGUUUCUAUGGGGAAGACCUCAUGCUUCCAUUUGUAGUGCCACUCACUCGUUCUCUGCAAUCUUCCAAACUCAGUGAUGUUCCAUUAAGGAUCCUUGCUAGUCUGAAUGGGGUCUGCAGAGUAAAUAAUCAAACAAUCACAACUUUCAACGAACGAACGAUCAGCAAAGGAUUGGUGCCAAACUGUUUCUUGGACUUGUUACAAGACUGUACUUGCCACAAGAAGCUUAUGAUGCUGAUGAAAUAUGAAUCCAAUAACAAUAACAAUAUAUUACUCAAUAUCACUGUUUCCGACACGGAAAUUGUCUUCAUGUCUCGUGAGAAAAAGCUUAUAGCAACACUUAAUGGGACUGUCAUAAACAGCAAUGAAGAUCACUUGCGCAGACUUAAAGACAUAGCAAUGGUUAUUAUUAUAAUAAAAGAGGACAAGCUUAUUCUUCGGGCGCAGUCCCAUGGACUUGAGGAAGUAGUCUACGAUGGACAUAAUGUUAUGGUUACAGUUACUCCUGAGAUUGGAAUCGCAUGUGGUCUCUGUGAAGUGUAUGGUGGACAGUUAGGAAACCUCCGAACACCAAGUGGCUACUUUGCUAAAGAUCUUGUGAGCUUUGCUCAGUCCUGGGUUGUUGCAUCUGAUGAAACCUGCAAGCUUCAGCAUUCAACAGUAAGACAUGAGAACCCAACCCUGAUUGCAGAAGAAAAUUCCCAGUGUGUUUCCAAUCAUCCUGUAUUGCAGUGCCGAAGGAUGCUCACCCACCCAAACCACUGA